AGAGUCCCCUUGCUCUCCUUCUUCCACCACGAAGCGUCACCCUUCUUCCCGCCCGCCCCCAACCUCCACCACGUCUAUCCUACGAACCCAAACCACAUCCUUGUCGCCCAGCUCGUCAGUUAGCGUCAGGAUGGCCCAGCCUUCAUCUUCUCAUCAUGGCGAACGUCACCACCGUGAACGCUCGUCAUCUCAUCAUCAUCACCGAACAAUCUCAUCUACCACUCUUCUUCUUGUUCUCUCUCUUGUCUUGGCUGUCCUUGCGGUAAUGCUAUCGAUGCCCAGCAGCCAGAGUUCUUCAAAUCCAGCUGACCCAACGUCAACCGGUAUCCUCAACUAUCUUUCACCCAAGCGAUCGCAACAGCUCGUGGCCCGGGAGGCUGCUGUUACUCUGCGAGAGGCAGAGGUUGCCCGUAGAGAAGCUGAGCUUCUUGCCGGCGCUCCAGGCGGUAUCGUUCCAUCCCCAUCUCCCAUCCUAUGCCCUCCCUGCGCUCAGGCAACAACCGUGGAGACAGUUGUGGCUCCCGUCCAAACUGUUAUCAAGGAGGUUGUCAGAGAAGAUGCUUUGACACCUCCAGGUUGGACAAGUCCUCGUAUCGAUGAGAUCUUGGAUCGGGAACUCAAGGUUGCGGAGCGGGAGAGGGAUAUUAGCAGGAGAGAGGAAAGCCUCAACCGGCGCGAGCACGAUGCUUCUCGUCGUGAGAGUUGGAUUAUGGAACAACUUAUCGCGCUUGGCAACGACGAACCUGCGGUAGAGGAGGAAUACGUGUACGAGCCUUCGGGAAGGCGUAAAGCCAAGUAUCAAGAACUUCCUCCUCUUAUCGUUUCCGAAACCCAAUAUGAAACCGAAACCAUGGUUGUUACCCAAACCCAGACCGUUACCGUUCCACCGCCUGCCAAUACCCGUUUCGCCGCUUCUCCAGCUCCUCAGCGAGCUGAAUCUUCCACUGGUUCUGCUCCUCGUACCACUGCUGUCGAAGUGAUCACAGAGGAGGUGGAGAUAGAAGAAGAGGAGGAAGAUGAAGAACCUACCACUGUCAGAGUUGUUCGUCCGAGACCCACACGAAAAGUUCCUGGGCGAUGGUUUGGCGGGUGGUAAAUGUUUAGUUUUGGUUAACGUCUUUUCUGUUUCUUGUGUUUAUUCUCUUGCUUGCUUGUUCCUUGUUUCUCUUAUUCACCCAUCAAAUUCUCUUUUUGUCGUGCUCUUGUUUCUUUUUCAAACACUUAUGAAGUAGAGACGGACAGCGUUUUACGACUAACGUUACGAACUAUGAUUUACCGAUAGUUAGUGUAGAUUAGUUAGGAUACUUACGAUACGACUUGGAGAAAAUACAUGGGUCACUGUUCAUACCUUAUUUGGGG